AUGGAGCUACGGAUUCGCGAGACAGAAAGCCCGGCACCGCAAACGCCCAUCCCGCCGCUGCUCAACCUCCCUUCGGAACUCCUCCAUCAUGUGCUCAGCUACCUCACCCUAUCAGACCUCCUCACCGUGGGCAUGGUCAGCAAAGUCCUGCGUACCCAUACAUUUCAAGACACGCUCUGGCAAGCCUUCAUAGAAGCAGAUGUGCCCAACGUCACGAAACCAGCGCGCCUCACAUGGCGAGAACUAUACCAGGAUCACCACCCAUACUGGUUCAUCGCGCGGCGCAAGAUCUGGUUCGCCGACACAGCCCACACAGGCAAACUGCUCAUCGCGCGCUACGACCACCGACUCAACGCCAUCGAAGCCUACGCCCUCGUUGCCGAACGACGAUCGCCCGUAGCUCUAUCCUGGGACCAACACCCGGAAGCCAUAAUCCACACCUUCAGCCCCAACGUGCGCCUCGACCUCAACGCGCCCAUUGUGCGUCUGAACCGCGACGCCUACGAAGAAGCCAUCGGAAACAUCGGCUACCGCCUCCAGAAAGAAGUCCGCAUGUCCCUCUACCGCGAUCGCCAACAACAAGCCGCUUCCCUCUUCUCCCAACUCAUGCUCACCCGCCCCUGGCCCCAGGCCAUAACAACAGACGCCACACCCGUCUGGCCGCCCCUCACCCUCCCCAGCGCAGACCGCACGCGCAACGACCACUCCCCAUCUGGUUACCGGCAACCAGGCCAGAAGCCCGCGACGCUCUCCCAGCUCUCAGACUCCACAUUCCGGAUUCGCCGCUGGAUGGAGUUUUCCACGCGCGUGCUCGGCAUGGGCAUGCGCAUCGGCGAGGACGUGACGACGUGGGCGACCCUGCCGGAAGAGAGUUACACGCCCACGCCUCAGAAACCAUGGCAGGGGAUAUGGUGCGGCGACUACGCUGGCCACGGCUGCGAGUUCCUGGCGAUCAUGCAGCCGGAUGAGCGGGAUGCGAAGCCGUUGCCUGAACGUGCGCUGUGGGCUGUGCGGGCGAGGGAGCGCGAGGAGAGUGUGAGUAGUGAGGGGAGUUGGACGACGGCGCCUACGGAUGCGGCUUCUUCUUCUGCUUCCGAGGAGGAAUCUGUUGAUGGUGGUGUCGAAAUUGGUGUUGGCAUGGAUAACGCGGAUGAUCUUGAAGAUAGCGUUGCUACUUUACAGUCAGCUUACCACAACUACGUUUCCACCUCCGGGGAAACAUCAAACGACAGUAAGCAUAGAUCGGAGGAAGACGAAUCGGUAUACAAAGGCCGCAUCGAAGCCGUCAAAUUAACCGGCGACCCAAACAUUCCUCGCGGCGAAUACACGUUCAUAGCACCGGAUAUUGGACCGAAUGGCUUGAUAAGGGUUGCGAAGGAGGAGAUUUUCAAGGGAGCGAGGAUUGUGAGGAGUGUGGGGCAUAUUGCUGCGACGGGGUUUAGAGAUGGUUCUUCCACCGACCUAGAGUUCACCCACUUCGAAGAGCAUCCCAAAGCAAACAUGGCAACGCACGAGCAGUACAUACUGCACGUCACCGCGGGCGCAACCUACGACACGUCAAAACACGAAGACGUCCUGGUCAACAGCGAGAAGCCAGUUGACAUAUCAUCCGACUUGAUCGACGCGCGCGUACACAUGCGCAUCAAAGACUACCGCGGCCUGCCAGAAGCCUCCCCGAAGACAUCGCCCUACUUCUCCACACCCCAACACCCGUACGAUCGCUACUCAAUAUCAUUCUCUUUCACGCCCAAACAAGACAUAGCGGGUGACAAGCUCGUCUUUGGAAACGACUUCGAUCACCCGAUUCGCGACCGAUUACCGCCGCUGUUCGACAAGGCGUUUGGGGUAGUCAAGUGGUGGAUUGAUCCGGGUCUAGACGGCGAUGUGUACGCAGACGAGCCAUAUCUCUAUGGCGCGCUUCUUUCCUCGAUAAACGUCUUGCGCAUCGGCGGCAAGAAGGACGCGGACAAGCCGGCCAAGGGCGAUCUGGAGGGUGAGGCACAAACAGAAGGCGAUGUAGAGGUGCCUGGCUCCGAUGGCGAGGCUGUUGUAUACGAAGAGGGCGCAGAUGGCGACGGCGUCGAAGUCAGGAAGAGCAAACACGUCCCCGACAGAGCCAGCGCGCGACAAAAGUUCUUCCUCACGGAGCAGAACAGGAAGGACUUUGUUUUCGAGGCUGGGAGGGAAUACAAGUGCGAUUUCUUCAACCCGUAUCUCGACUUCAAUGAGUUUGCGCUCAAGAUCGGGUAUGGAUUACCUACUAUAAGUAUGAUUGGGCACUGGGACGGACAGCCGUUGCGAUAUGUGCUCAAGAACCGGGAAACCAACCAGGAGCUCUUUGUCGUGGUUAUAGAACUACUACCGACGGAGCAAGCGAAGAAGGAGGGUGCUGAGGACCCAAAGGAGAAGUUUGAGGAGGUACACGGCGGUGGUAAGAAGGAGGAUAAGAAUAGUGACCUUGAUUAG